UGAAAUCACAAACAUACACUCACAAUGGCUUCUAAUCCACCAGGCGAAUGCUGUAGAACUCGUAACUUCCACGAAGGUACUCCCAUCGGAACUCACAAAACCAUUCUCGGGCUCAACACCUACCAAGUUGGUGCUGAAUACGGCAACGACAGAAUCAUCGUGAUUCUCGUCGAUGUCCAUGGAAACAAGUUCAACAACACUUUGUUGCUUGCUGACGAAUUGUCCAAGGCUAAGUACCAAGUCUUAAUUCCGGACAUCUUGAGCAACGAUCCAGUCGAUGGCCAGGAUUUCGCUACUUGGUUGCCUAAACAUGGUCCGGAAAUUACUGCUCCUAUUGUUGACGCUUUCUUGAAGGCUGUCAAUGACGAAUUGAAGCCAAAGUUCCUUGCUGGUAUUGGCUACUGCUUCGGUGCUAAGUAUGUCAUUCAGAAUCUUUCUUCUAAGGGUCACUUGUCUGCUGGUGCCGUUGCUCAUCCUUCGUUUGUCACUAUUGAAGAAGUCUCAGCUAUCAAGAAACCAAUUCUUAUUUCGGCUGCUGAAACUGACUCCAUCUUUACUGUCGAGUUGAGACACCAGUCUGAAGCCGAGUUGAUCAAGAUCGGUGCUCGCUACCAACUCGACUUGUUCUCUGGUGUUGAGCACGGCUACUCCGUUAGAGGUGAUAUCUCGAACCCUGUUGUCAAGUACGCAAAGGAAAAGACUCUUGACGACCAGGUCAGAUGGUUCAACCAAUUCUAGAUGACUGAUUCUAUAUAGUUAAAUUGUUAGAGAGAUUUGAAUAUAUAUUUACUGUUAG